UUAAACCCGUCGAGACGUUUGACUCGAGGAUCACAAUGGAUAACAAGGAAGCAGUGGCAAACGGCAAGCGGGAAAGAAAACCCGUGGUUAGCUAUGUUUGCGAGUCCACACUGUCCUCUAAGCCCAAAACUGUCGUAACAGAUGGAGGGUCAGGUGUUGCAUUUGGUGACAGCCCUCAUAUCAGCCUGCAAAUUAAUAAUACUAAAGCAGCUGAACUCAAAAGUUUACAUGCACUUGUGUACUCAUUUCCCGGAAAAGCAAUUAAUGUGAAGAAAAAUUUGCGCCUCUUCAAAGGCUUUGAUUUUACUGAAGAAGAUGAUCAAUUCAAAACACUUGUGACCAAAAUUGACCGGCUUAAAGUAAGACCAAGCUUGGCAUUCAUCUUUGAUAUCCUUGGGCUGCCUCUACUUUCAAGAAAGGAGGAUUCAGUGCAUCGACUCGCAACUUUUCUUCUAAAGCCCACCCUUGUAGAACUUGGAAAAAGCAAAAAGCGUCAAAGAAAACCAAAGAAGAAAGUUGAGAAGAAAGUCAAAAAGACUCCUUUAAAGAGGACUAAGAAGGCAGAAAAGAUUGAAGGUUCAGACGAUGAAGGCCAAGAGGUGGAAGUAGAUGAUGCUAAACGGACUCCUUUAAAAAGGACUAAGAAGGCAAAGAAGCUUGAAAGUUCAGAUGAUGAAGGCCAAAAGGAGGAAGUAGAGGCAGUCAAAAGGACUACGAAGGCAGAGAAGAUUGAAAGUUCAGAUGAUGAAGGCCAAGAAGAGGAAUUAGAGGAAGAAAAUAGUGAAGAAAAUGAAAUUGAAUCUGAUAGCCAAGAAGAAGAAGCGAGUGAAGAUGGUAACGCUAAAUAUGAGGAGGAGGAAGAAAUGGACAGUAAUGAUGAAGAAAAGGAAAAUAAAAAUGACUUUGUAAAAGCUAAUAAAGGAAAAAAUGUUAAUGUGGAAACUAAUAACAAAAGUGAUAAUGAGCUUGAAGUGAAUCCCAAGAAAGCAGCCAAGAAACCUAAUGCCACCAAGAAAUCUAACGCCACCAAAAAACCUAUCGCCCCUAAGAAACCUAUCGCCCCCAAGAAACCUAUCGCCCCCAAAAAGCCUAAGGCCAUCGAGAAGAAGAGAUUGCGUGAAGGGGAUUCAGAUGAAGUGAAACCUGCAGAAGAACCUCAUCCAAAGAAGAAACCUGUGCCUACGAAUGCUGAUCUCAAGAAGUUCAUCACAGCUUACAUAAAAACAGCAAACCUUGAGGAGGUUACUAUGAAGAAAGUCUACCAGGAAGUUACUGACGAGUACAGUGGACUGGACUUGACAAGCAAAAAGGAGUUCAUCAAGAAGACCGUGAAGGAGAUCCUGGCUUAAUGGACUGUCUUGAGCCUCGAGAUGUGACUUGCUGGUAGGCUUAAGUCACUGAAGGUGAAACUUCAUUGCGACCUCCUUAGUACUGACGGGGAAGUGCAUCUCAAUGAAAAUUAAGUGCAUCCUAAAUUACCAGUAACUGAAAGUCACGAGUUGAAUCUUCUGAAGUUUACAAGUAAUUAAGGUUGAAUAUAACCUGAAUAAUUUGUAGCUGCUUUCUAAAUUCCUAUGAAAUAUUUCGCGCGAUAUGUUUUAGAAGUCGUGUAACGAUCGAUUUUUUACUCAAUUUUAUCUACAGUUGAUAGUGAAAAAGUUUUAUUUUUGCUCGAAAUGUCCUCUAAGAAAUUUUUAAUUUUACCGCGACAAUGUUCCCAUUUACAUCAGCACCUUCAAAGAAUUAAGGCAGAAAUAGCACGUAAUAUACAACAUUAUAAACGUUGCAGCUGCAAAGCGAUGAUUUGGAUAGAUCAAUCACAUCCCGGUACGUUGCUGUUGUGUGAUUUAUUGAAGAUGUUUCGGUGAGAGGAUUCUAGCUAACCCAGACGCCUUGUGUUCUAUCUUACUGUAUCAUUCAAGUAAUGUUUUCACGUAUGCAUGAACUUGUCAUACUCCUCACUCAACACCUGCUGAGAAAAAAGUAAUCUCCUUAAUAAAAAUGUGAUUCUGACGGUUCAAACUGUGAAGUGCAUUCUUUUAAUUAAGUGAUUUUGUAGGGGGAGAAUCGAAAUUUUGCUGUUAUAGGUUGUGAUUGGCAACUUACUUAAUUUUCUUUUCUAAUAUUUGCCAAAAAUUAGAAUUAUUUAGUUACAACAGACUGGAAUGAAACCAUGUUUUAUUGCGCUGCUCCUGUACCUGAUGCGUUUUUCCUGGUUUUUGCUCUCAAUAAAUUUGUAGCUGUCUUAGUAUUGCGGUAAUUGAUUUUUGGAGAUGUGCCUGUAGUUUUAGUAAUUUCUUCAAGGUGGAUAGUCAGGCAUUAGUUCUUUUACAUCUAUUUUUACGCUGCUCGAAUGGAAGUUUUGGAAAAACGGACGAUUUCAUUUACUUGAAUUUCAAUUCUUCUACUGCUGGCAAUAAAUCUCGUUUUAGUUGCAAAUAAUUGAACUACUUUCUGCUUUCUGGAUUAAUGUUCAAAAAUUUCUAGCCAUCUUUUUUUUACCUUUCAUCAAUAUCGUAAACCUUGCUUAGGUUAAAUAAAUUCAAACGGUUGA